AUGAGCAAGUUGCCGUCGACGGCAUCGUCAGUGCCACCAACCACCACUUCACCAUCAGCCAACAUUAGCACCCCAGCACCAAUGGCUUUGCCUAGCAUGUUGCCGUCAUCUAACACUGGCCUCAAUGCUACUUCUGUGGAUGGGACAAAGGCAGUGGUCAACCCCAACCAGCUCCAAAGAACCAAAAUGCAGAAUGUACCAGCUUUUUUGAACAAGUUAUACAAUAUGGUGGAUGAUCCAAGUUCGGAUGAUCUUAUCCGCUGGGCGGAUGAUGGCAUGUCAUUUCUGGUUUUGCGACACGAAGACUUUGCAAAGCGCGUUCUACCCCGGUUCUUCAAGCACAGCAACUUUUCAUCAUUUGUUCGGCAACUCAACAUGUACGGCUUCCAUAAGGUGCCUCAUCUUCAACAAGGCGUAUUGCAUGCUGAUAGUGAUGCGGAGCGAUGGGAGUUUAGCAAUCCACAUUUUCAACGCAAUCAGCCUGAUCUGCUACUGUUGGUGACUCGUAAAAAGGGCAGGGAUACAGAGGAAAAGGAAACAGGCAAUAUUGACAUGCACAACAUCUUGGAUGAGAUUGCUGCCAUCAAGAAGCACCAAAUGAGUAUCAGUGCGGAUUUGAAGGGGAUUCAAAGGGACAAUCAGGUGCUAUGGCAAGAGACAUUGGCAGCACGAGAACGUCAUCAUCGCCAUCAAGAAACCAUUGACAAGAUCCUUCGAUUCCUUGCAUCUGUAUUCUCAAGUGACAAGAAACGAGUGGUGAUUCCAAGGAAGCGACGCAUGCUUAUUGGUGAUGCCAACACAGAGUAUAAGGAUGAGGAUUUUUUGGAAGAAGAGGAAGAGGAUGAUCGACCUGCAAAAGUGGCACGCCAUUUCAAUAUCGAUGAAUACAUCAAUGGUAACCAAGGGAACUUGUCGACAUCCAACACAACCUUGCCAUACACCGGGAACGCUGAUGACGCACUCGCCAAUGCUGCAUCAUCCGAUGCUCCGGCCACCGAGUUAGCUGCUGCCAUUGCUCUCAAUGAUGAAACCAAGCAACAACAACAACAAUUGCAACAGCAACAGCAGCAACAGCAACAGCAGAUGCAAAUGAGCGUGAGUCAUUUACCACCAUCUACAGAAGGAUCUGCACAACCACAACAUCAUCAGCAGCAACCUGAUUUAUCAUCAACAAUGAAUAUUCAACAGCUUCAAGGUCUCAUUGCACUUGUACAAGCCAAUCCUGCACUACUAAGUCAAUUGGGUGGCGACGCAUUAUUCAAUCCUCAUAUUCCUCCUCAAGUGGAUUACAAUGGAGCAUCAUUCAAUCAUGAUAGUAACAGCAGCAACAGCAGCAAACCAAGCACACAGCCAUUAUCAACCCCAUCCGCAACAACUGCACAAUCGCCAUAUCCAGUGUCUACUGUGACCCCUUUGACAUCAUCCUCCCCUUCUCUUCCGCAAGUCACCAACAACAUUACCACCGUCGCCAAAUCAGCAGAUGCUAUCAAUCAAGAUAUUGAUGCACUUGGAGCAAGCCUUGGUCUUUUAGCAAGUCAACUCGGCUUUGAUCCAUCCAAGGCCGAUUUUGGUUCCAUCAACAUGGAUGAUUUCCUCAACACAGCUGGUACUACUGAGGCAGCAUACACAGUCGAUUCGCCAUCAGCAGCCAAUACACCAGUGGAUCAGAGCACCCCAAGUUCUACUCCUGCCAAGAAUGAUACAACAACGACUGAAAAAGAGUAA